UUCUUGGACCUAUUCGAUGCUGAUGAGUAUGCAGACUGUAGGAAAGAUAAUCUUUUUUAUCCUUUUGCAUUGAAGAACGAGUGGGAAGUUGCCAACUUUCUUCUUCGGUCCUCCCUCAGUAUUGCAGCAAUCAAUGAAUUUUUGGCACUCUCGAUGUACAUAGAAAUUCAGAAAACUACAGGCGAAGAUAGUAGCGAUAUAUUUUCGGGUCCGAUGUCCUAUGUUCUGCAGAACCAACUACCUAGAGGCACUACAAUCCUUGGGACUGUACUAUCUUCCAACAAAACAAACAUCACCACUAUGACCGGUGCCAGGGUCGCUCAUCCACUUCUUCUAGGCCUUGCAAAUAUCUGCAUGUGCACUUGCACCAAACUCUCAUCUAGGGCAUUCCUACUUAUAGCUCUCCCCCCUAUCCCACAUUAUUUGCACCCCAAUCAACGGAUGUGGGGCAUGCUCGAAGAUCACCUCAUACAUGAGUGUCUUGUCAUUGUCUUGAAACCAUUGAUGAUAGCAGCCGAGAUCAGGAUCAUGAUGUCAGAUCCAGUGGGCAAUGUUCAUCAUUGUUAUAUGCCUCUUGCAGCCUACAUCAUUGACACCCCCGAGGCAUGUAUGCUUGCAUGUGUGCGUGGCAAAACUUCGCCAUUCACCAUGGUGUCAUAUCUUGAGUUUGGAGGCGAUUUUUGUCAUCCCAAAUGCACGCGCUCCAUCACACUUGAACAGCUUGCAAACAUCAAGGCCAACUCCAAUAACCACAAAGCUUUUUUUGAAGUGUGUGCUGAAUACCAGCUAAACAGUGUUCACACACAUUUCUGGAUGUACUGGCCAUAUGCUGAUCCCUCAGUCUUUCUGAUGCUGGAAUCUCUGCACCACUGGCAUAAGGAAUUUUGGGAUCACGAUCUUCACUGGUGUCUUGUAGCUGUUGGAGCGCUAGAACUUGAUUUUAGAUUCUUAAUUUUGCAGUCAAUCACAGGCUACCGCCAGAUCUAUUGUGGAAUCUCAAAGCUCAAGCAAGUCACAGGGAGAGUUCACCGUGAUGUUCAGCACUACAUCGUUGGUUUGAUCGUUGGUACAGCCCCUCGUCAUUUUGUAACUGCGAUCUGUGCCCUUAUGGAUGUCUGA